AACACGUGCAGAUAACUCUGUUACUGAAAUGAAAUUUCGUAACAAAAGUUUGACACUUCGCUGUGUUUAAACUUUUUUAACGAAACUUACAAAAAGGACUGUAAAACAUCUAGAAUUGUAAAGCAAACGUUUCUCUACAAAAUAAAACGUCUCGGGACUCUGCACAUUUCUUUGUUUAAAAAAUAAAAGGAAAAUACGAAAUAACCUUUUCCAGCUUCAUUUUUAGAAAAGUAGCAUUUCGUAUUUUUUAUUUAUUUUUUAAACAAAGAAAUGUGCAGAAUCCUAAGGCGUUUCAUUUUGUAGAGAAACGUUUGCUUUACAAUUCUAGAUGUUUCACAGUGCUUUAUGCGGUUUGGUUAAAAAAAUUUAAACAUAACAAAGUCUCAAAAUUUUGUCACGGAAUUUCGCUCCGAUAGCAGAGUAAUCUGGCCUUACCGUAUUAUAAAAUGUUUUGUUAACUCACAAACAAUAUUCAAGAUAAAAUAUGUAAGAUUCUAUUAUUAUCUAAAGAUCAAAUAGAAUCUUAAAUUAGAUAAGAAUAUGUCUUUUCUUUUCUUUUUAGAUUACUUGAAAUUAAAUUUUGUUUCGUUUUUUCUAAGUUAUGGAUGAUCAUGAUGAUGAUGAGUUUGAUACUUUUAGUGCAGGAUUGUCAACAUGUAGAAUUGUAAAAAACGUAAAAACUAACACACAGGAAACAAUAGAAGAAAAAAUCGUCUCAAAUAUUAGAUUGAAUGUACGAUUAAAAUAUAAUUAUGAUGAAUUAAAUGAAUUUAUUAUAGAAUUAAAAUUAAUAAAUUCAAAAAUAAGAGUCAAUGAAAAAGAAUAUUCCAUAUUUAAUUUAUAUACAACAAGUGAACCUAUUGAUAUGAGUAAAUCAAAAAAUUCGUAAACUUUAUUAUCCACGUUUAUUUAUAAGAAAAGCUGAUACAUUUGGUGCAUGGAAUUUUAAUUUUCUAUUAGGCUUAUUUGAUAUUGAUUAUGAAUGUGUCGAUAAUGAAAAUAACAAUGAAUUUCCACCUAUAUGGAAAACAACAUUUGAAACAAAUGUAAAUAUCAAUAUAAUUUAUUUAAAUGAUCAAUAUGAAACAAUUAAUAAUAAGAAAAUUGAAAAUAAAUUAAAUAUACCUGCUACUACAUUAUUAGAUGCAUUAAAAUCUAUUUAUCCAUAUAGAGAAUCAAAAGCAACAUUAUUUGGUGAUAUACAUCGUGUUCGACGUUAUUUUUAUUAUGUUACAAAACAUUUACAUUUAUUAUCAUAUUUAGAUCGUCGAACAGUUGAUCUAGCUAUAAGUGAAGUGUGUAAAUCGUAUGAUGAUGAUGGAAAUGCUUUAAUAAAUAUACAAAAUUAUCUUCGCACAUUUUGUUUACAAAAUAUUAUGGAUAAUGUCGAGACAAUAAAAAGAAAACGUGAAGAUUGGAUCAACGAAUUAAUUGAAUUAACGAUUCAGACAAAAGAAUUAAACGAAACAGUUCGCAAACAACAGCCUGUCUUGCAUGUUUGUGAAGAAACUUUUAAAUUACAUCAAGAACAUUAUCAACUUGUAACAAGGGGAGCAAAAGAAGUAAAUCGUGAAUUAAGUAAUGGCACUAAUACUUGCAAUAUAUUUAAAAAAAUUCCACAAUGGAUAAAAAGUCUUGAUAGUACAAAUAAUAAAAUAUCAAAAUAUCGUAAAGAAUGCGAAUCUCAAAAAGCUGCUGAAGAAUUAGAAAUUAGUGAACAUAAAUUAAUUUUACAAAGAAAUAUUUAUUUAGAUUUAACAACAAAAAUUCAAAAUAAUCAUAGUCAAAUUCAAAAUUUGGAAAAAUUCUUAAACUUAAAUUUAGAGGAAGAACAUAAAAAUUUAAUUGUAAAAUAUGGUCGUGGUCUUUUACUUUAUGGACGGACCCCAUACGAGAUGAUACCCCCAACAUCACCCUCUCUAGAAAAUAAUUUAUUGAAUUUUCCUUGUUUUUAA